UUUUUGCAAUUAUUAUAUCUCCUUUCGUUCUUCACGGAGUUAAAUAUAAAAACUUUCUAUAAAACAUAAGCAGGCCUAUCAUAAAAUAUACGUAUUUUAUUAUUAAAAUAUUAAUAGCGAUACAAAGGAAUUGAGAUAUAAAAAUAUCUAAAGGAAUAGCAGAGUGAAACUUUGAUAGAAAUUUUAUCGUAACAAAAUAAAUAUCGCUCCUUUUUUUGAAAAAAUUUAAUAAAGACGUCAUUAUAUUUAUCUUUCUUUCUUUUUCUCGAUAUUCUCGUUUCAAUUUCACUUCUCGACGAAGAAGAAAAUGUCAAGGGGAAAGAAACUCAAAUAUCUUUUAAUAUCUUGACUGUUAUUUUUUUUUUUGUUCAGCUUCGUUAGAGCUGCUAAUUAAACGUUGGCUCAGUAUGCAAAAUAACGUACAAUACGUACGAUGCCGCCGCGAUGUAAACGCAAAUAUGCAUCUCAUGCCACGCCUGUUUUGUAGCACGCGGGAGCGCGCAACAAAGGAAAGUGCAAAUGGGAACUUACGAGCGACGGUGGGCUGAUUUAUUGCCGAAUUGACUAUUCAUCUCCUUCACCAGGAGAACCUCCGCGCGUAAGAAGUCUCGCGGUCAUUAGCCCGCACGGCAGAAACCCCGCCGUCUGAGUUAAGAAAAUGAGAAAAAAGGCAAACCUCUCCGCGCACGUUGCUCCCGUCGGUCGUCAAAGAGUUGGCGGGAAGAUUCGCAAUGGAGAUUUGAGGGGUCCGAACUGGUCUCCUCCCCUUGUUCAGGCCGUAUCAGACUCGCAUUUGGAACGGAGCUGACGAAUUCCCGGGACGAAAUUGACGCUAAGAAUGGACCGGAUGGUUGGCGGUUCUAAUUUACAGGAUCCAUGUCGCAAACUUGCUAUACAAAGGGAGGCAAAAGUGGCUCUUUAAACGAAAAGAAACUUCAAGAACUUUCUUUUUCGUGAUUUCUGCAAUACUUAAAUCAUUUGUUUAAAGGCUCAUGAAUAUUGCAGAGUUUAUUGCUGUUUAAAGAAGUCCUUGGCGGGAUCAAUGGUGGGCGUAGCCGGGAAGAGGAGAAGUGAUUUGCAAGCAUUUGCGCUUAAUUAACGAGCCUCUCCAUAUUCCUUGUAACUUUACACGUUAUUACUGGCACUAGAUAAAGAAUGAAAACAAAUGUGCAGAGUAUGAAACUUAUAUUUUAUUUUCAUUCGCGGAAUCUUUGAGACAAUAUUUCUAUUUAUCGAAAAUUUGAUUUAUACUAUUCGGCAUUAAAUAUUCUUGUAACAUAAUUUCUCAAAUCGAAAUUUCAUUAAUGUUUAUUUAGACAAAAAAUAAAUUUUUUUAUUUAAUUUAACGUAAGCUUUAAUAAAAUUUUUGUUUUUUAUAAUUGUUUAUAAAAACGCGAAGAAGACCUAUACGACAGAAUUCUAAGAAUUUUAAUAAAUUCUUUUUAAGAACUAAUAUAUCCUACGAAUCUAUAAAUUCAAAAAUGUAAUAUUUAAAUUACAAUGUUAGAAUUAUUACACGAGCAACAUAAAAUUUUGAUAAUAUUUAAUAAUAUAAUCCCUGGCUACGCUUUCCUUGAUGGUAAAAAAUCACUUCUUUAAUAUCUUCUACUAUAAUAUAAGGAUAUAAUCCUCCGCUGCACAAUUUUCUUUGCUUUAUAUUCAAAAAAGUUAUAUAUAACAUAAUUUAAUUUAACAAUUAAAUUUUAACACAGCAAGUCGAUAUUUUUAAAAAUGAUAGGAUAAUUUUAACUAUUGAGAGUGCAUCGGAAGGUUAAAAGAGUGCAUUAGAUUGAACUCGACGAACAUUGACGUGCGCGAUCCAAGGGGAACGCAUAUACCGUAGGCAAAAAAAAAUCGGGCUCGGGGAAUGAGAGAACGGCCGUACAAAAGGAAUUUAAUUGGCACUAGGCCGUGGAUCAUCGUAUAUGUCGCAAAUGUCGGGCUUGCUCGUUCAUUCGCGCGCGUGCGACGACGCGAGUCAUCGAUUGACGACCGUAAAAGCGAGCCGCACUUGGCACGGAAAUCUCUCGAUGUUUAAUUCUCGUUAUCCGUCCUUUCAUCCCAUUUCCGCUUCAUUCCCGUUUCCCGUCUCUUUGCUUUUCAUUUCUGCGGCGACGAUUGCGUUAACCGCCGUUCAGUGAUGGAUUUAGGCUUUAGAACUUCGCGAAACGUUCGAUUAAGACGGGAUCUUUUUUGAAUCACGAUGUAAAUAAAUAAUAGAAAGAUACCAUACGAAUCAAUAUAAAUUCGAAAACGUGAUUAGAGCAGAAUGGAAGAUUUAUUUCGACGAAAAUUCGGAGAAUUUAUUUUAGAAAAGCUCUAUAUAUAAAUAAAUAUUGUGUGAUUUAAUACACACAAUUAUUAUUUCUGAGAAUAAGUGUCUUGCGCGUAUUUGUUGAACAAAACUCGAUUUCUUGCUUCGCCAGUAAAUUCGAGCGAUUAUCGAAAGAGGAUAUCGUUAGAGUUUGCGAAAUCAAAGUGCUUUUAAAUCCAUCACUGAAUCUGUCCUCGCGAUUGUGUGUAAUAUUGCUCGCGCACACACUGUCACGCGCGGACGCGUAAUUCCGAAGACGGAAUCCUCCUUCGGCAAACUUUCUUCUAACCCUUCCCCCAUCCUCCCCCUCUCGCCCCGCCGAAUCGCGCGCGUUGAUCGUCUUCGUCGAGAGAGGGGACGGGCGAGGAUAUUCGCAUGCACGAUGCACUCUCGUGCGAAAGCUUCUGGCGCGGCUCCUUGAAAAGGGCGUCGAGAGGUCGAGGUCGACGCGCUCUGAUAAUAAAUGAUGUUUUAUCUCCUCGUGCGAUGCCCGGCGGAUAUAGGCAUGUCGACGGUGGGAAGAGGAGGGGGAGAAUUGUAACACGCCGAGGCGUCAAUCUGCUUUUUCGUUCGCGCAGGGUGCGACAAAUCACGCCGAGGCUGCAUUGUCUGGCCGCUAACGCAAGUACAGAAGAAGCUUCGACGAGACGUCGAUGGACAGCUGCAUAUUGGCUACCGUCGACGAGGGCAGCCGAAUCAGUGACUUGUCAGGCGAGUCUGCGAGGGACGGUAACGAGGUGGAAGUGACGUCAUUGGAGGAAGCCAAGUCGGUCAUAGCGGCACUCAGGGCGAGGCAACGGGCGCAGGCCCACCAGAUGCUCGCCUGGCGAAGGACCCUUAAAUUGCAGGAGGACCUGGUGGCCCGGCUGACGCGAGAGAAGGCCGAACAACUGCGGACGUUGUCAUCACAGCUUUUGCUAUUCGAGUCUAGACUCUGCAGGAAGCAGAAGGAGAUUGAAGCCAGUCUAAGUCAGCGAGAAUCCAUUAUUCUACGACAACAAAGGGUGAUUCGACAAUUACAGAACAGAUUAGCGGAAAGGAGCACAGGUACGAGAGAUUCGCCACCCUGCGACGCCCUAGACAGAUUGGAUAGUCUGGGUGAUAGCGACAGUGCUGUGGUGCUCGAGGAGACCGCCGACGAUCCUGCUCCACCGAGAUUUCGUUCUAAUAUCACUGAUGUGACUGUGAUCCGUUCCGUGUCUGAUGCGGUGGAGCCGUCAAACAAAUAUUCGUCGAUGCGACGAUGCAACGGUUUUCUCAGAAGACCGGAGAUCCUGGAAACCGUAUAUUCCGUGGAAGAGGAUGGCGACAGCGAGAAUAAUCAGGAUCCGUCCGAGUCGACGGAAAACUCAGAAUACGAAGAUAGGAGAGCGAAAAACUUGGGCAACGGAAAAGGCAGACUUCAGGAUCUUUAUGGCAGUUUCGAGAGGCUAGCACAAGAAGCGGAUUCUCCGCCUAGCGAAAGACCUAGAGAUGAAAGUCAGCAGGCUCAGGUAACGUAUAAUAGGGUAAUGAGCAACCACAGAUCCGUGACAAAGCCAAAAGAUGUGAAAUACAAGAGGAUAAACAAGGCAAAAUCGAAAAGUCUUGAAGAACUCAGAGGACGUCUUAGAAAUUGGGUCGAGAAAGGGAAUAAAAUAGCUAUAUCGCUGGAUCAGUCAUAUGCUUGAGCUUACUCUACUUCAUAUAUGAAAGUAUAUAAAUUAUUAUUUUACGAACGAGCAUAAUGUGACUGUUGUCAAAUAUGUAACGCUUAAAAGUUUAAUUUAAUCCGUAAGAUACGCGAUUAUUAAGGAAUGGACUUCGUAAAGUCGCUACAGUGUAUUUAAUUGAUGAAAUAUCAUUGUGCUCCAUGUGAUAUUUACUGUAGUAUCUUUUCACAUUAAUUAUGCACUUAGGUCAGAGAUGAACGAUUCGACGAGACUUGUGAUAUGAUUUUAUUGUAUACAAAGGCAUAGUUAGGAAGAAUUUAUUAUCUUGCAAAAAAGUAAUUAGCACUUAAGUGCCAUGGUGAAAAUUUGUAGUAUUAUGAUAUCGUGUAAAUAUUUAUGUGAAUAUUAUUUAUGAACUUACAUACAUACAGAAUAUUUUUCAGAAACAUUUAAUGAAUACACAGCAAGUUUUUUUUAUGAUCGAGCAUUUACUAAUAAAAUUUUUACAUUAUUUUUGAGUUGUAAAGUGAACAAAUAAGAUGAAAAUAAGAUUAGAUGCAUUGACGUAGCACAAUGUAAAAAGCAAAUAAUCAUGUAAGAUUAAAAAAUUUAGGAUGCUUCCACCAUGGUACUUAUGGAGUUAACAUAACUUAAAACGUGGCAUUUAUCUAUGGAUGAAUUUUCAAGAAAAUAUUUUCUAAUUAUUUUGUUUAUAGGCAACAUAAAACUUGUGUUUGUUUCCUCGUUCUAAAGUCAAACAAGAAGUACUUUAUGCAGUCUAAAUUUGAAGAGAGAGAUUUGAAUUACAAAUCUAUACACAAUUAAAUGUAUAUUUUUAAGCAAUGGCAAAAUUUAUUAUUAAUAUGGAAACGCGUGACGUACGUUUCUUUGAAUAUGCCUGAUGAUAUUAAAAUAAGAUAAAUUUUUACCGUUUAAUGGUACUUGUUAAUUAUUACAUCCUUGAUCAACAGAUCUAUUAUGUCACGUUUUGCUAUCAAAAAUUUAAAACUAACUAAAUAAAUUUUUUUCCUUUUUAAAAAAAAUUUAUUCGGAAAUAUUAUACUCCGAUUUUUCUAUCAGAUAGGGCCAAGAAUCAAUUAAUCAAAUUAAUCAACAUUUUUAAUUUAACAAAAAAUCUUGAACGAAAUCGCCCUGUUUAAUGAUAAAUAUUACAUAAAAGGCAAUAUAAAAUGAAUUAGACUUAUUUUUUAAAAUGUUAUACAAAAUAUAUACAACUAGAAAUACACGUAUACAAUCUAUACAAACUUAAUGUUCUUGUUAAUCUAUUUAAACAGAUGUUAUUUUCUGUGCCUAUAUUUCUACAAACAAAAAAAUAUAUACAUAUAUCUAUGUAAAAUCAUAUAUAAAUUUUUAUCUUGAUAUUGAUUCGAUAUCUUAAAUAAACAUGAUAAUCAGAUUGUAUGAAGCAAAAUACUUGAUAUUUUUAGUAAAACUUCUGCAUAUAAAAUAUAAAAGUUUCUAUCUAAUGUGCUUUGCAUUGAUCCAAAAAGCUUAUAUCUGCAAUUAAAAUAUAAUUGCUCAAUUACUGAAAACUUACACAUAAUUUUUAUUUCAAAAUCUCGAUAAAGGAAAAAAAAAUGUUAAAAAAUAUAAUAUAACUUAAAAACACUCCUGUAUUUCUAUAAAAAUAAAAUUUUAUAAAAUUUAGAGAGAAAGAGAAGGAGAAAAUAUAUAUAUUCUAUUGUAUAAAUUUCAUAAAAAUUGUAAAACAUGUAAUUUUAUAUUAAAUAUAAAUUCUGAUGUACGUGUGUGUAUACUUUGUAUGUGAAUAUACUGAUCGAGUGGCUACAAUUUAUAAUAAAUAUCUUCGUAAUCGCACUAUAAUAUUGUUACAUGCACAUGCAUUUUACCGUUUUUUUUCAUAAAAUAAGGAAGAACACGCUCGGAAAUAUUAACUCUAUGCAAAUCGCUUGUGAUACAAAUGAAUUCUCCACUUUGGAUGGCAUUUAUUUUGCUAUUUUAUUAUUAUUGUAUUAUACUUUCGAGCAGACAGGUAUAAGAAAGCUAUCGACAAUCCAUAUUUUUGCAAAAUAAAAGAAAAGGAGAAAGAGUACGAAUGUUUUUGUGGCAAUACUUUUGUAAAUAAUUGUGAAUAUAAUGUGUGGGUGUGUGCAUUGUGUAUGUGUUUGUCUGAAUAUAUAGAUUCUACAAUAUAAUUAUAUAGACUUAUAUUAUUGAAAAAAUAAAUUGUAAUAAUAAUAUUAUAUUGAGUUUUAUGUUCCUGUUAGACUGAUUAACAGUCAUUGAGAGAUCUCGUGCAUAAUAUAGUUGCACGUAUAUUAUAGAUACAUAUAACAGAAAGAAUAUGAAAAUAUAUAUGUAUAAAUAUAUGAAAUAUAUAAAAUAUAUGUCAAAGUGUGUAAUGUAAUAUCACAUCUGUUUAUUGAUGCGAAAGAGAUGAAAUCUGAGAUGCGCAAAUGAUGUGAAAUUAAAUGUCACAUCGGCUUAUAUCACCAUGAGUAUAAACGUGCAAUGGUGCCCAAGUAUAGAAAAAAAAAGAAAUCGACCAUUAUUUUAAUUUAUAUAAAAUAAUGUGACGUGUAUACUGUCGCUUUACUAGAAAAUGAGUAGAUUGCUAUUAAUAUUUCUGUCAUGCAAUUAUUUUAAUUAUUAUUAAAUCUCCCAAAUAUAAAUUAUGUCGAUGGAA